AUGGUAUGCAAGACACAUAUUGUUACAUGCAGUGUCUAUGAGCUACAGUCUCCACUUCACAAAUAUCAUCAGUCUGGAGACCUCAUUAUCGGAGGCAUUGCUUCUCAGGCUCGCUUCACCGUCAAUCCAAUACGUUUUGUUGCAAAACCUCCACCAGCAUUGCUUGAAGAACUUGUCUAUGUCAAUGCAAGGAGGACAAAUCAUGCCACAAUGCUGCUUUUAUCCACACAAGAGAAAUUUGUCCCCAACUACAGAUGUGACAUCCAGAAUAAUCUAAUUGCAGUCAUUGGUGGGCUGGAUGCCGAAACCUCCUAUCAUGUGGCAACUAUCUUGGAUAUCUAUAAAGUUCCACAGCUCCUAUAUGGCUCUGCUCCAGUAAUGAAUGAUAAAACUCCAGGCCUUUCCUUCUACCAGGUAGCUCCUCAGGAAUCCCGUCAAUCUGUGGGGAUUCUCUAUUUGCUUAUGCAUUUCAAGUGGACAUGGAUUGGGGUCAUUGUAAUGGACAGCGACAAUGCAGAACAGUUUGUGCAAACUGUGCUUCCAUUGUUUUCACAGCAUGGUGUCUGCUUUGCCUUCCUGGAAAAAAUGCCCAAAUUUACUUUUGCCACUGAAGGUUAUGACAUGCUGGAACAGGGUACACAGAUACAUGAGAAAGUGAUGAGCAGCAGAGCCAAUGUAGUGCUGGCGUAUGGAGAAUCUUAUUCCAUGGCAUUUUUCUUAUGGCUUCCAUAUCUAUCAGAACUUGAAUACGAGAAAACUAAACCCAGAGGUAGAGUGUGGAUAACAACAGCCCAGCUAGAGUUCAGUUCAUUGGUAUACCAAAAGACUUGGAAUACAAAAAUAUUCCAUGGUGCUUUGGCUUUUGCAAUUCACUCAAAUGAUGAACCAAGAUUUCACCAAUUUGUUAAGAACAGAAAGCCCUCCAGCACAACAGAAGAUGGUUUUAUCAGGGACUUCUGGCAACAGGCUUUUGCCUGUGUAUUCCCAAAUCCAGAUGAUGGUGAUGCAGAGGAGGAUUACUGCUGGAGACAAGGUUAUUUCAACCACAAUGGGGAAUUAAUAGCUGAGUUUGAUAUUAUCAACUUGAUUGUCUCUUCAAACCAGUCCUUUCACAGAGUGAAAGUUGGGAGGAUGGGUCCUCAGGGUCCUCCAGAACAAGCAUUUUCCAUCACCGAGGAUGCCAUAACAUGGCACAACUGGUUUAACCAGGUCAUAUAUGGCCCCACUCCAGUGAUGAAUGAUAAAACCCCACAAAUUCCUUUCUAUCAGAUGGCACCCCAGGAAGGCCACCAGUUUGCAGGAAUUCUCUCUUUACUUCUGUAUUUCAAGUGGACAUGGAUUGGGAUCACUGUGAUGGAUAAUGAUAAUGGAGAAACUUCACCACUUUCUGAGAGGUUGUCAUUUAACAACACUGCAGGAGACACAGUUUCCUUUAACCAGAAUGGAGAGAUAAUCUGGCUUGGAUGUUAUCAACUGGAUUAUUUUCCCCAACCAAUCCUUUCACAAAACUCGCCUCUUUCUGUCUGUACUGAGAGUUGCCACCCCGGUUUUAGGAAGAAAGUGAAGGAGGGGGAGCAAUCUUGCUGCUUUGACUGCAUCCCAUGUCCAGAGGGGAAGAUUUCAAAUCAAAAGGAUACAGAUGAAUGUAAUAAAUGCUUAGAUGAAGAGUAUCCAAGCAAGAACCGGGAUGCAUGCAUUCCCAAGCGUAGAAGCUUCUUGUCUUAUGGAGAACCUUUGGGCAUCAGUUUAGUCUGCUUUUCGCUUUCAUUUACUCUGAUCGCAACUCUGGUGCUGGGUACAUUUAUGAAGCACCAUGACACUCCCAUAGUCAUUGCAAACAACAGGAGCCUCACCUACACUCUCCUCAUCUCCCUCCUGCUCUGCUUCCUUUGUGUAUUGCUAUUUAUAGGCCAACCUCAGAAGGUAACAUGUCUCCUCCGACAAACCGCUUUUGGCAUCAUCUUCUCAGUGGCUGUUUCUUGUGUAUUGGCAAAAACCAUCACUGUGGUUCUGGCUUUCAUGGCCACCAAACCUGGAUCCAGGAUGAGCAGAUGGGUGGGGAAGGAACUGGCCAACACCAUUGUCCUUUCCUGUUCCUUUGUCCAGGCAGGGAUCUGUACUGUAUGGCUAGCAACCUCUCCCCCAUUUCCAGAUUUUGACAGUCAUUCAAUGGCAGAAGAAAUUAUAAUAGAAUGUAAUGAGGGGUCUGUGACUAUGUUUUACUGUGUUGUGAGCUAUAUGGGUUUUCUGGCAAUUAUCUGUUUCACCGUUGCUUUCCUUGCCAGGAAAUUACCUGACAGCUUCAAUGAAGCCAAGUUUAUCACUUUCAGCAUGUUGGUCUUUUGCAGCGUUUGGCUGUCCUUUAUUCCAUCCUACCUCAGCACCAAGGGAAAAUACAUGGUUGCUGUAGAGAUCUUCUCUAUCUUAGCCUCCAGUGCUGGGUUGAUGGGUUGUAUCUUUUCCCCUAAAUGUUAUAUUCUUGUGUUGAGGCCUGAACUGAACAGCUUCCCGCAGUUUGGUCAGACUCAUGCUAGUCGCUUC